UGUUGUACCAAAAAGAUGGAAGAAAGCUACCAGGCAGCUGUUCGAAGGGAGAGGACUCAAAGUAUCCAGGCACUGAACUUUGAACUGAAAUACAUGAUUGUUGGUCAUAUCACAGCUUUUCAAGAGGCCUUUGAGUCUUUGCUUCGCUUCGCUGAAAACCGCACAAGUUCCCUGUUUGAGACAGCUUACAGACCUAUGGCAAAAGAAGCAGCAGAGCCUGUUAAAGAACUUUUUACAGACAUCUCUCUCUACAUUCUGGGUGCAGAAACUACAGUGGAAAGUGCAGUAUUACGGUUCUUUGACAGUCUCUUUCCUCUGGUGUAUAGUCGGCUAAUAAACCCAGGAAUUACAGAUUUAUCAGAGGACUAUACAGAGUGUCUACGGCUUACAAGGCAAGACAUAAAUCCUUUUGGACGCUAUUCGAAAAACAUGGUUACAGAGCUGUCAAAAUCUCUUUGGGCAAGUAGGAUGCUCAGCCAGGCCCUCAGUCUGGGCACUGAAGUGAUAAAUACUACUGAACAUGUAGCUCUUACGAAGGAAUGUAGCAAAGCUCUAGUGAAGAUGCAGUACUGCCCGCAUUGCCAGGGCCUGACGCUAAUCAGACCCUGUGUCGGAUAUUGUCUAAAUGUAAUGAGGGGCUGUUUGGCCAGUGUGUCAGAACUGGAUGCACAAUGGAGGGAGUAUAUCUCCACACUGGAAUAUCUGACUAAUGAAAUGGCUGCCUCACAUGAUCUGGAAAUUGCACUGAUGGGAAUCCGGAACUCCAUCAAUGAAGCCAUCCUGCAUGCACAGUUGAAUGGACCACAGCUCUCCGCUACAGUUGAUAAAGUGUGUGGACAGCCCAAACAACAAGAAGGGAACCUGUCAUCAGACAAUAUAGUGGCAGUGAAGGAAGCGACUGAAACCCAGACAUUCGUGAUGGCUCACGCUAGUCUGAACAAUAAAAGAAGUUCUCUGCCUCUGAAAGCUUCCAAGAAUGACAAAUCAAGAAGUUUGAAAAAAAUCUCUCGAGAGUUCAUCAAUUACAUGAAGCGAUCCCGAACCUUUUAUGCCUCUAUAGCAGAAAGGCUGUGUGAUGGAGACCUGGUGAUGAGAGACAGCUCAACCUGCUGGAAUGGAGAGGAUGUUGUAGAAAGUUACACCAGCAGAGUUGUUUCCAAUGGACUGAAGGCACAAACUAAUAAUCCAGAACUGAAAGUCAGAGGAUUGGACCCACUCAUCAGUAAUUUAAUUGAUAAACUUCAGCACUUUAAUCAACUGGAUGCUGAGAAGGCAAAAUUAAAACUGGAAAGAUGGGCUUCCCCAGAUGCUGGCAGCGGGGGUGGAAGAAGUGAAGAGAUGGAGUCAAGCGGGGAUUGUGAUGAUGAGGAUGGCUGUCAAGGAUCCGGUGACAGGAUUCACACAGCAGAUAUACUCAAGGAAAAGAAAACCCAUCCAGAAAACAGAAAUGAACCAAAACCAGCUGUGAAAAAGAUUGACACCACAACCACCACAAGCACUGUCAAGUCAUCCUCUAAACACAGUGUAACUGGAAAUGGGAGCAAUCCAGCCCCGAGUUCCUCACUUGUUAUUUUAACAGCACUAGCAGUUCUGUGGCAUUGUCCACUGUAG